ACUCGGCAACACUGGGUAAUACCAAAGAGUUUUUCGUCAUUGGUUGAAACAUAUUCAAGAAUAUAAUGGUAAUCUGUGAUUAGAAGAGCUGUUGGCGCUGACAAUUUUUUUUUUCUGUCAUCAAUAUGAUGGACCGUAUCAUCGCUUUGGUUGACAUGGAUUGCUUUUACUGUCAGGUGGAGGCACGGCUGAAUCCCUCCUUGAAAGGAAAGCCAUUGGCUGUGGUGCAGUAUAACAAGUGGAAAGGUGGAGGGAUCAUUGCAGUGAAUUAUGAGGCUCGUGAAUUUGGUGUCACAAGAAGUAUGAGAGGGGAUGAAGCAAGGAAGAAGUGUCCAGACAUAAUACUUGUUCAUGUUCCAGAAGUUAGAGGCAAGGCAGAUCUCUCAAAAUAUCGUGAUGCAGGGCGAGAAGUGGUGGAUGUUUUCUGUCAGUUCAGUGAAUGCGUUCAGAGAGCCAGUGUUGAUGAAGCCUAUAUUGACAUCACUGAAUCUGUUGAGCAGCGAAUUAACAACCUUUAUCAAGUGCAGCCAUCUCACUUACCUACAACAUUUGUGGUUGGAUCCACGGAUAUUGACAGUAAUGAUGAGGAUGGCAGACAGCGAGGCCUCGUCUCAUGGCUAGAGAACAUCUAUGAAUUGCAGGAUACAGCACAGCAAAGGCUGGCUGUGGCAGGCAUCAUUGUGGAGGAGAUGAGGACAGCAGUGUUCCGUCAAACGGGCUUCCGUUGCUCUGCAGGGAUAUCCCACAACAAGAUCUUAGGCAAGUUGGCAUGUGGCCUUCACAAGCCAAACCGGCAGACAAUUUUGCCACCUGCUGGUGUGAUGGAUCUAUAUAAAACUCUGCCAGUCAGGAAAGUGCGUAAUCUUGGUGGCAAGUUUGGUUGUGUCGUGGUGGAACAGCUGGGUUGCAAGGUCAUGGCUGACUUGCUGCAGUUUACUGAGAGGCAGUUGCAGCAGCAGUUUCAUGAGAAGAUGGGAACAUGGCUCUACAACAUAGCAAGAGGCAUUGACAGUGAUCCUGUGACGAAGAGGCUUGUGUCUAAGUCAGUUGGCUGCUGCAAGAAGUUCCCUGGGAGACAGGCACUGACCACCAAGACAGACGUGCAGUUUUGGUUGUCUGAGUUGUCUGCUGAAGUUGCAGAACGCUUGGCUAAGGAUCUAAUAGAGAACAAGAGACGAGCCAAACUCUUGACUGUGUCGUACCACCAAGACAUCAAUUCAGACUUCACAUCCAGCUCACGUUCUGGCCCACUUACUUCGUAUGAUCCCCAGAGGAUACAGGCCGAUGCCUUUGAACUGGUUAAGAAAAGCAACACUGGCUCUGUGGGUGGACCUGAUGUGUGGAAUCCACCUUUGGUGUUCCUGGGCUUGUCAGUGGGGAAGUUUGUGGACGAAGGUACAACACAGAGUUCAACAAUACAUGAUUUCUUCAAAGCAACACAGAAGGAAUCAAGCAAGGAUGGCAGUAAAAAUGUCACAGAAUUAAAGAAGGUAGUUGAUGAUAAUACUGAUGGUGCAGACAACCAUUGUAUUAUGCAAGUUAAGGAAUGUGGAGAAAUUAAACCAUUAGCAAACCUAAAAAACAGUUGUGAAGUGGUAAGUGAUAUGUGUAAGGCUUCAUCCACAAGUAAGUCAUUCUUUAUGAAAUAUUUAAAGCAACACAGCAUUGCUACAUGUGCUGAAACAAAUAUAGAUCAGCCAAUUUCUAAAAGUGUACUUGAUCCAGACAGUGAUGAUGAUCUAUUUGAAAGCCCAGUUACAGACAUGGAAACACCAAAGGAAGAGAAAUCAAGCUUGCUUUCCACAACCACAAGAGCAGAAUUUAAUUUAGGAGCAUCUACUUCUCUUGUUGGAAAUCAGGUUGAUGACGACACCACCGAAAUGUGGGUAAGUCUUACGGAACUAUUCCCGGAUAUCAGCAAGGCUGAUGAUGAUGUCGUGGCCUUACUACCGACACCUUUACAAAAACGUGUCCAAGCUCAAAUUGAAAAGGCAAAGCAUGACUCUAAUGUAAGUAGUAAACAUGUAUCAGCCAACUUGACAUCAGAUGAUACUAACAUGACUCACACUUCUGACUCUUGGCUUGUUGGAGGUCACACACAGGCUGAAACUGACCGAGCUACUGUGAGUUACGUUCCGUUGAAUCACGGAGAUGAAGCCGAGACCAGUUCUGCGAGUCACUGCAAAACAGACACAUCACAUGCAUACCUUGUCACAUCUGUGACACCAAGUAUAUGUGAAGAGAGUAACGCAGAGAACAAUCAGAAUGUAGUUUGUGAGACCUGCCCUCAGUGUAGAAAAGAUGUCCCCCUGAGCGAGUAUGCAGAGCACCUUGAUUUCCAUGCAGCAGAAAAGUUGCAUAAGGAACUGAAUGGUGGAUCAGUUCAUGUGAGAACUGCAGUGACCACUUCAACACUGCCCAAGAACCCGUCAGAACUUCCAACAAAACGAAAGCGCGGUCGUCUCCCAAGGAAGUUGUCUGUGACUGAUUGCGGUAAAAAAAUGAGAAGUAUCACUACAUUCUUUGCUCCAAAGUGAGAAUACGGUUUUGUUUUGUAUUUAAAUGGAAAGUGAUGGUUUUGUUAGCAGUUUGUAACGUCGUUCUCAGCUUUAUUUCUUUUAUUUAAGGAGAUUCCUUUUUAAAAUAAUAUAUUUUAUUUACACACGCAGUCCAUCCAAAGAAAGUCUGGAUAUUUAUUAAGGCUCUGGAUAACAAAGAUGGGAUUCUCCUAUCAAUAUUUAAUUGCCGUAUUGGAUUAAAGCUUUUUAACAUUUUACUGCUGAACAAAUAUGUUCACUGGCCACUUGCAUUGCAUACCACAGAUUGUCAAGUAUACUCACAUUGUGCAGUUUUAUGGUUAUUGUUUUAUGUUAUAAUGAAUUUUGGUGAUAUUGUCAUUUUUAUACUGUUUUGUAGGGAGAGAAAUAGUCUUCUAAAGUGUAUAUAACAAAGUCAUCAUUAUGUAUUAAACAAGUACCAUCUUCCAAAUAGGCGUGCUUCAAACAAACAGCUGGCAUGCUGCUAGGAGAGAGUUAUUUUGUGUCUUAUUGUUCUUCAGAAAUUAAUUUCAUGGGAUAUAAAAUUGAUUUAUUUCCCUUGAUUUGAUAUGAUUUCUUUGGUGGUUGUAGUAUUGAAGAGUGAUUUAUGCUCCACCUUAUGGUUCUUUUGACGUGGUUUACUAUCUCUAACAUUGAACAGGCACCCUGUCCUUUUUCAUUGUGGUGUUGGUGCAUUGUAUAUAUGUGUCUGGGAUUCACAGUAUUCUAGUGUGCAGAUGAGCUGGAAUUUCUCUACGCGGCUUUGGUUUUAAGUAGCAAUAAGGUUUUUGAAGGCCAUUGAUAUUUCAGGCAUAUGAGAAAGUGAAGAAUUAGAGAUUCUAAUGAGAGUGAAAUGUCAGACACCAGUGAAUGAGGUGAUAAUAAAAUAUGGCUUCUGGGUUGCUGCGCCAUGUAAUCUGGUAGAAGUUUACCAGUGCUUCGGAGGUCCUUGCUGUCUCCAUUAUCAGGGCGAUGAUCUUCUACCAGAAGACAGCCAUUUUCAGACUCACCGCCGUGAAAACCUCAAAUACUAUGUAGUGGUAAUGAUGUCCAUGAUCAAGAAGAUGAUAUGUUAUUAUCUGGUAGUGAAGUUGGUGGUAGUAGUAUGACUGGUGAUAAUUUUCUAUGCCGUGUUGCCUGAAGUAAAUUUACUCAAUUUGAAAAACAGGAUCAUUUUUCAAAACAAUGAAUAGCAUCUACACUACACUGGCAGACUAUGUUUACAUGAUAGUGGAAAGCAAACAAACACUUGUUAUAUUGCAACAGACUCAGCCUGCUAUGGCUUUUUCUUCACUUCAUAUUAUAAUGUAGGAAACUUGUGGGCUGAGAUGGCAUGCUCAGCUACCCACAGAAACUCCAGUAUGCUUUGUACGCUGCAUUCUUGAAGGUUUUUAGCUCAUCUUCUGACAGUGGGAAACAAUGCUGUCUACAUCACUCAAGAAGUACCCGAAAAGAAACAUUGUAAAGGCUGAUGAAAACAACCGUAGACAUCUGGUAAUCUUUAAAGGAGUUAACAGUGCUAUAAAUACAAGCUCAGGCAAGCAGCCACCCUAGUGUUAAAGUGACAAACAGAACAGUGUAUUACAACAUAGAUGAAAAAGCAUUUAUAUCCAUAUAAUCAGAACUGUGUCAGGUAUUUUCACAGUAAUUAUCAGUUGUACUUGUAACAGUGAAGAAAAUCCAUCUUAUAUUAAGAACCCCCUAUGGUGUAAUCACUAAUUACAACAUGACUGGUAUCAGAAGUGUGAUUCAAGAUGGAUCCAACAUUCCAUUUAAUUAUGGACUAGCUAAAUAAAUAGAGACAAAAAUGGGUACAGUCCAAGAAAAAACAGUAUAUUCUUCAGGAUUUAGUGUGAGUGAAGAAUAUACUGUUUUUGUUAUCAUAAAAAUGAGUAGAAACAAAUUAAAAAUAUAAGAUUUAUCACUUUUACAAAGGUUGAAGGUCGAUGCAUUUUUGUCUAGUAAAUGCCUCAACAUGUUUGUAAUAAUAUUUUUGAGCAUAAAAUCAGUUGUUCAUCCUACUAUUACAGUGUUAGCCAGAAUGAUCUAAUAUUUAUACGGCACAGUAUUAUCAUCACUAAUCAUUUUAUUGUGUGCUGUGUUGUGUAUUCUGUGAAUUAUGAAAGUCAAAAGGUUUUUAUGAUGUGCUUUGUUACUAACAAAGACUGUCAUCAAAAAUCAUUCCCCUUACAGUUUACUAAAACUACUGUACAUAUAGAGAUUUGUAUGCCUGUGAUAUAAUAGUGCAUGUGUAACAAAACUAUUUUUAAGAAAUUGGAAUUUUUUAUUCUAAAAUAGUGCAUGCUUUGCUGGUACAGGAUUUGCUGAGAAAGAGUUGACACAUUUCUAUAUAAUAUUAUACUCACAAAACUUUUGUUAAACUGAACAAAAUUUUUCACAUGGAAACAGGGUUUUACUUCACUGUAUUGAAAUUUUGUAAUACCAAUAUUUGUUAUUGUGAAAUAUUUUUCCAUGAGAGUUUAUUAUACUUCAUUAGACGAUGAUCCAUAUUUUCAUUAUGCUGGCAUUUGUAUACUGAGAUUGUGAUGCAUUCAUAGAUUAUGGUAUAUUAUUUCAGUGUUGGUCUGCCAGGCGUGACAAUAACUAUAAGAAUUGUCACAUCACGCACAUGACCUUGGAAUAAACCAGACCUUGUUAGGAGCAUUUGACUGUGCAACUUCCCCUCCCGGUACUGGUACUAUCUAGUCAGGAAUCUGUGUGUUAUUGUUGCAGAGGGUCAGACUAAGUCUGUAGAACUGCAGCCAUUAACAGGCCCAUUGUCCAGUCCUCACCUUGUACAUAAGUAUUGAUGGAAUGACAUUAACAGGGAAAAACUGAAUAACUCUGAAAAAAGGUGUCCUAAUGCCACUUUGCCCACCACAAAUUUUAUAUGGAUUGUCCCAAGCAUAAACAAUUAAUUUCACAGUGAGAAGCUGGUGUCUACCUAAGCCUUGGCAUGGCUUUGAGAAUCUGUACAGAAACACAUUACACAAGAGGAAAAUGUUUGAAGAUUUCUGUCUUCUGGGCCCUGAUAAUGGAGGCAGUAUGACCUCUGAAACGUUGGUAAACAUCGACCAGACUACACAGCGCAACAACCCAGAAGACAGAAAUCUUCAUACUCACCGCUGUGAAAACCUCAAAUCUUACAGGAAAAUGUUUGUAGGUUGUGAUUUUUGUUGUGUGGGGAUUGUUUAUUUAUUGGCUUUUUUAAUUACUCUUUGUCAACUGUAUGGGUUAUACAUAGUGUGUCCAAAAAUUUUCCAGACUGGUUUAAAAAAUAAUUACAUUUUUUAUUGCAUGUUAUUCUAAAUACAUUCAAUCUGUAGCUUCUUCUUAUUACAACGAUCAUAAAACUUAUCAAAGCAUUGCUGAAAGUCCUUAGGGAUAGGCUCCAGGAAGUCGGUUGCAGCUUUUUGAGUGUCUUCAGUGUCAUCAAAACGUGUGUCUUUUCAUUUUCAAUUUUAGUUUAGGGAACAAAAAAUAGUCACAUGGCGCGUAAGGGGGAGUGAUUAAGAACCACGACACCUUAGGAUGCCAAAAAACUUGCGAACGACAAUGCCUUUGUGAGCUGGGGCAUUGUCAUGCGAGAGUGACCAACUGCUUUCUCUCGAUACUGUGGGUAAACUUUGAAUUCUUACCAUUAAACGCUUCAGAACUUCCAAGUAAUAGUUUUCAUUGACAGUUGUGCCCUCAGGAAUAAACUCAUCAGAUGGAGCCAGCCUUUUAUGGGUAAUUAAAUCAGUCCUGAAAUUUUUGGGACACAUUGUUUAUAUAAACAGAUGGCAUAAUGACUGUGAAUGAUGAUUUGGGAAGAUCUUGGAAGAAAUAAUUUGUGACCUGUUUGAAUUACUGUGCCAGAAUUUGUAUAGAAGGAUGAAGGCUAACCACUAUAUAGUGGACAAUGAUAAAAUAUGGGAUUUAUUUAAUUGGUGGUGAAACAGUUCAUGACUGCUUCCUGUCCAUACUUCCCAGUUAAUAAUUGUCGACUCAUAUACUUUGACGUUUUUUGACCUUGGUCACUACAGCAUCAUCAGAUGACCUAUAGAUUAUUAUUAUUAUUCAGUGUUCUGUCUUACGACAGGUCCAUUGCUCUGCCCAAAAAGAGCAAUGUGUGAUUAAAUUACAACUUCAUUUGCAACUGCCAUCAGAAGUAAAAAAUAUAACAUCAUAUUCAAAUACAGUGUUGCAAUACGGCAAUUGCUGUCUUGAAUCUUUACACAGUGGUUUCAUCUCAAACAUAUAUAAUCUUGAAUAUAUUUAUAGGUGAUGCUUUCUUGUAAUGUACAAUGUCCGAUGAAGGAUGCAGUUUGAGAAAUGUCUCAUGAGGUUCAAUGUGGGUAAUGACAAUGUGUCUUCAGCUCUGUGUCGCUGUUUCUCUAAUUUUAUCUUAUUUAUUAUAUUAAUUUUGUUGUUUUUAAUCAGUGAUGACCAAAGUUCUCACUAAGUGCAGCUUGUUGGUAAUUUUUCGUGUCCCACAUCUCAGAAUUCACAACUUCCUUUGAGCAUCACUGAAUAUUUUGUGAAGUUGAAGUAUUAUGAAAUAAAUUUACAAACACAUGUCUAUCUGCAUUUAUAUGAAUUUUCUGCAUUCUUUAAAACAAAUUUUAUUUUACAAGAUGUUUGUUUUGGGCAAAAAAAGGGAAGAAUUCUGCAGAAAUUUGAGGCCAUACAAAGGAAACUGCACUGCAGAUCCCAUAAGAGCAUUGUGCUGUUCAUAUGGUCAGGCAGAGGAAUGUAAUGUCAGGGGUCUACAGAGGCACUUUAGUAUUGUUUGUUUAAGAGAUAGCCACUAGAAUCAAUUUUCAAAGUAUCACCAAACUAAAAACUCUGCAUUGUCCUCCCUUAUAACACACAAGUCAGCAAACUGACCUAUAUUUCCCCUGAAAGGUAACAUUUUCUGAGUGAAUUCAACUGAGUUUCUUGCAUGACCAAAACUCAUUUCCUGAUAUAAAAUAUUUUAACUGUAAAAUGCUGCAUUUAGGAUUAGUUUUGGACACCACUGGUGGACCCAUUAUUGGGAGAUUGUUUUUAAAUAGAGUGUUCCUGAAAUGAUGUAUAUUUUGAAAUUCACUGCUAUUUCUAUGUGACAGGAUUUUCAUAUACUUGAAAUAUAUUAAAAUAUAUUGGUUUUUAAAUUUUCAA